CGUUUGGCGUCGAAAAACAAGUUUGCGUGUUUUGGCUACCUAGUGACCUUCAACUAUUGUCUAUUAUUGUCUGCGUCUUGAAACCAGCGAUGACGGCCAUGUCAAACAGGAACCAGGGUUUUCUGACCGUGUGUUACUAUAGAUGGGAUAAGGACAAGCUCAAGCCCGAUGAUCUCGACACAAGCUUGUGCACUCAUCUUAUUUUGGGGUUCACUGAGGUUGAAGACAGCAUACUCAGCAAAGGAUCCACAGAUGGGGACUCCUCCUAUCAAGCUGUUGCAAAUCUCAAAGCAAAUAAUCCUUCCUUGAAAGUCAUGCUCUCAGUGGGUGGAGGGGGCAAGUCGCGCUGUUUCCACGAAAUGGUGUCUGAUCCAUCAAAUACCGACAGAUUCGUUGCGUGUGUUGUGGAAACCCUGCGAAGAAACAACCUAGACGGCAUUGAUGUUGACUGGGAAUUUCCUAUGAAUAUUCGCAACGGCAAAGCCCAUUUCAGUAGGCUUUUGCAGAAAUUGCGAACUGCGUUCGACGAUGAAGCUGUUGCCUCGGGACGACCGAGACUGAUUCUAUCAGCGGCAGUUGCUGCACAAUCUGUGAUCGUCAACUUCUCUUACAGUGUUCGAGAGAUCGAGAGGUAUGUGGACUUCAUCAACCUCAUGACAUAUGACCUACACCUUUUCAAGUGGUAUUAUCCUUUCUCUGGGCACAACAGUCCUCUCCAUGGAAGGAGGAAAGAGCUUGGUUACUUUGCCACCCUGAAUAUCGCAUCUUCAGCUAAAUUGUGGGUUUCCAAAGGGAUGCCGAAGUCAAAAAUAGUUGUUGGUGUACCGACUUAUGGCUUGGUUUGGAGACUUGGUCAUCACAAGUGGCAUGGUGUUUCUUGCCUCACCUUGGGGAAAGCUACCGAAGGAGGGGGAUACAUCACUUACCCUGAGGUCUGCCAAGUUAUUGCAGAUGGAGGAAAAAGAAUAUUCGAUAAACAAUCGAAAGUUCCAUACGUGGUCAACAAGAAACACUGGAUAAGCUAUGAUGACAUCAACAGUGUUGAACUGAAGGCCAGGUGGAUCCUUUCAGAAGGCUAUGGAGGAAUAAUGACAUUUAGUCUCAAUUGUGAUGACUGCACUGGAGCAACUUCUCCGGAUGGUGUUCGGUUUCCUCUGCACAAGAAGAUCAAGGAGGUUGUAGAGCAAGAGUCAUCGCACUGAUGGUUAACCACGUGUUUUACACCAGGUGCAUCUGAAGUGCUGUUGGCUAAAAACUAUACACAAGCAUAUAUAUACUGCUAGUUUUUCUUGCUGAAUUGCAUUUAAAGGUAUUUGUGGUGCUGCUGCAUCUAGAUUUUUUUUUUACUACUGCAGGCCUGUGUCAACAACGAUAAAAAAGUGUGAAGCUGCAUGUGGUUGCAGCCUUGUUUUUUUCGAUGUGCGGGCUCUCACUCAGUUUAUUGGCCUGAGCUGAUGCACCACAAUUUUAAUCAAAAGCACUGUUUAUUCAUGACACACCAAGGCAUAAACUAGCUCAAAAUUUUUUGCACUUUCAUGUUAGAUGCUGGAGUUAGUACAAGGCUUUAAAACAUUUUCAUUUUAAUUUGUUAUUUCUGCAGUAGUUGGCAGCACAGAUAGGCUUUUCCCUGUGUUUAUUCUUGCAGUGGCAGCUGGGACAACUUGAAGUGAAGACAGAACCAAAAAGUGUCAUACUUUGGCACUACCUGAUGUUACAUGGGGCCAAGGUGAUAUGGUGGUGUCAUACAUGCUCCAUUUGUCUGCUGUAGUGUUGGGUUGUCCAAAAUGUAUCCUGCUAUAAGCCCACCCAUGCUACAUCUCACAUGACUCCUUCACAUUUACGCUGUAAAUAAUUAUGGACUGAAUUUUUGACAAAGCUUAAAAAAAAAAUUCAUUUAAGAAGCCUUUUCACCAAGGCCACUUGCCAACAAUGGGCCAUUUUUUGGGUCAUCGCUGUAGUUUAAUGCCAUGGCAGUUUUUUGGAAAAUAUAUAACUAUUUUUGGGAAACGUAAUUGGUAGUGCAGGCUACUCCAACAACUGCAGUGUAGUUUGACAAAAAAGAACUUGACACCCACAAUGGCCACAACAUAGCUCUUAAGAAACUACAGGUUGAAACUCGUUUUGAUAUGCUGUCCUUUGGAACAGGAAGCAUCCAACCAUACCUCAGUUUCUUUUUAUUGUUAAAGAUGGUGCUUUUUUUUAAAAAAUACCUGUGAAGUGCCUGUAAUUUCUAAAACAUUACUUUUUCUAUGGUCUGCAUUUCAGAUUAUGCAGAAAGCUUAAUGUAAUAUCUAAUAAUAGCCACCAAUAAGCCAGCUCUGCGUUUGGUAGUAAACUGCUAAAGAGCUGAAAUAUAAUUUAAUAAACAACUUUAUCGUUAUGGAGAACCAGGUGGCAUGCUAUAGUUGAAGGAACAUUUUCAAUGUAAUGUUAGCACACCAACCACUCUAACACUGAAUAAUUUAACAAACAAAUCCUCACAAGCAAGUCUGUUUGUAAAGAAAGAAAAAAAAACAAGAAUUGUUGCUUCAGUCUUAAUCACACCGAAAGAAAGAAAAAACAAGGAUUGUCGCUUCAGCCUUAUUCACACCUAGCAUUUCCUGCUUAUGAGGCACAAACUUGACUGUGCAAGCAUGACUGCAGUUGCCUAAUCUAUGCUUGUGCCUGAGGUUUUGGAAACAUUCAAAUAAUGUUGACCAGCCUAUUUUUGCUAAGGAAUAUGCUCUUUAUUAGGGGUAGUCAAGUUUCACCAUGCUACCCUCCCCCCUUCUCUCAUUGAUAAAGUUAAAAAAAAAAGCUUCGAAAAGAAAAAAUGAAAAUGAAGCGUUGACGUGCUUCUCAUGCCGGCUUGCCCUUGGUCCCCAGCUUUCCAGGGCUAAAAGGGUAGAACUGGACAAUUCUUAGAAUGUAACAUCAUUGGUCCUUAGCCAUUUUAAUCAUCAGACACGUGCAUGGCCAUAACCCUGAACUAUAAGCAAUGCCAGCACAGGUCAGACUGAGUAAAGGCAGACUUGGUACCCUCCUUUGAUGAGUAGGUGGCUGGCUGCCCCCGUGCGAAGAGACUGAUGUACAGUAAAAGUCGGGUUAUCCUGUGCAGAUCUGUGUUUUAUUUUUAAUUUUUAGGAAUUUUGAAGACGUGUUGGAUUAGGUGCUUACAUUCUUAAUUUCCAGAUGAAUGAAAUGUGCUUCCUGUAGCUGUUGCUACAUUAUGGAAUAAGUUUCUUGUUGUUGGAUCUGCACUAUGAUGUCUUUCAUUUCAUACUGUAGUAUUCAUGUAUGGAAUGAAUUCUUAAUGUGCUUUGCACCUCUUCUGAGCAUUUAGAGCUCAUUUGUUUAUGUGCUUGCAUGAGGUGCAUCAUACGUGGAAGAUCUUACACAUGGCCCAUAAUGUUGUCAUAUAUAACAGUAGCUUUUGCUAUUGCCUUACACUUGUGUGUUUGGUGAACUGCUCACUCAUCGCCUUGAUGCUGGAAAUUUUAUAACCUAUCUCCUACAUUCGUUAGCGAGCAUUCUCACUGACAAUAAGUAUAGCAUUGUUAUUGUAGUCUCAUAUACUCCUUUAUGUCCAAUGACAUGGAAGCUUCAACAUAGAUUUCUGUUCUUUAUGAAGACAUCAAACAAAGCUACAAAGGCCAGCU